GACUUGGUCAUGCACCAUGGUUAAUACAAAGUGAACUUUUUCCUUUGAAUAUUAGAGGCCGAGCAUCUGGUGUUGCUACAGCAACAAAUUGGUUCAUGAAUUCAUGUGUAGUUAUAGCAUUCUUGCCAUUAACAGAAACUGUAACAAUCUCGGGCACAUUUUGGCUUUAUGCAUUGUUAUUGAUAUUUGGGUGGUUCUUUGUGCAUUUUAUGGUUCCAGAAACAUCUGGCAAAUCAUUAGAAGAAAUAACAGAAUACUUUUAUGAUCAUAAAUAG